GGCCGGGCACAGGAAGCGGAAAGCGGCGGCGCCAGGAGCGCUGCAGCCCCGGCCGGGAGCAGGCAGCGGCAGCAGCGGCAGCAUGGAGCGGCCGCCGCUAGAGAUUGAUGCUGAGGAUUAAGGCACCUCCUUGUCUCUCCUUGGAAUGUCUUACUGCUGAAGGUCCCUGACUGCCUGGCGUGUCAGACCUACAGAUGAUUGGGCACCGCAGAGUCUCCAGGAAAGCACUUUUAUUAAGGACUUCCUUUGAGGCACCCCUCUUCAUCCUCUGAGUAACGAGAUCUACGUCCCUCCCUCCGGGUGAAGGCCAGGCCCUUGGUGCCAUGGAUACUGAAUCGACAUAUUCGGGAUAUUCCCACUACUCAGGUCACUCUAAAAAAGCCCACAGACAAGGGAGCCGGGACAGGCACAAAUCACCACGGAGUAAAGAUGGCAGUCGAUCAGAGAAAUCGGUCACCAUCCAGACACCCCCUGCAGAGCCACUGCUGGGGAAUGAGGCUUCUCGGACAGAAGAGGGCCAGGAUGACAACUGGGGUGAAACCACCACAGCUAUCACGGGUACCUCGGAGCACAGCAUUUCUCAGGAGGACAUCGCCAGGAUCAGCAAGGAUCUGGAGGACAGCGUUGGUUUGGACUGCAAACGCUACCUUGGAUUAACUGUGGCAGCUGUACUCGGACUCCUUGUCUUCCUCACCCCUGUGGCCUUCAUCCUGUUACCCCAGAUCCUGUGGCGGGACGAUCUGGAGCCUUGUGGCACUGUCUGUGAGGGAUUGUUCAUCUCUGUGGCUUUUAAACUCCUUAUUCUCCUGAUUGGGACCUGGGCCCUGUUUUUCCGCCAGCCAAAGGCGGAUAUACCGCGGGUGUUUGUGUUCCGGGCUCUCCUGCUGGUGCUUAUCUUCCUGUUUGUGUUUUCCUACUGGCUCUUCUAUGGUGUCCGCAUCUUGGACUCCAAGGACCCCAAUUACCAGGGCAUAGUGCAGUAUGCGGUGUCCUUGGUGGAUGCACUUCUCUUCAUUCACUAUCUAGCCAUCGUGCUGCUGGAGCUGAGGCAGCUGCAGCCCACCUUCACCAUCAAGGUGGUUCGGUCAACAGAUGGAGAGUCGCGAUAUUACAGCCUGGGGCACUUGAGCAUUCAGCGAGCCGCUUUGGUGGUUUUGGAAAACUACUACAGAGAUUUCACGGUCUAUAACCCAACUUUGUUAACUGCCUCCAAGUCCCGUGCAGCCAAGCACAUGGCUGGCCUGAAAGUCUACAAUGUUGAUGGCCCUGGUAACAACGGUGCUGGCCAGUCUCGAGCCAUGAUAGCUGCUGCUGCCCGGCGCAGGGACUCCAGCCACAACGAGCUCUACUAUGAAGAAGCGGACCAUGAACGCAGGGUUCGAAAGCGUCGAGCCAGGCUUGUGGUGGCUGUUGAAGAGGCUUUCACUCACAUCAAGCGCCUCCAGGUGGAAGAGCAGCAGAAAGCUCCAGGGGAGAUGAUGGAUCCCCGGGAGGCUGCACAGGCCAUCUUCCCAUCCAUGGCAAGAGCCCUGCAGAAAUACCUGCGCACCACUCGGCAGCAGCAUUACCACAGCAUGGAGAGCAUCCUGCAACAUCUGUCCUUCUGCAUUGCCAACAGCAUGACACCAAAGGCAUUCCUGGAGCGUUACCUCAACCCAGGCCCAACUCUUCAGUACGACAGGGAUCGCUGGUUCUCCAAGCAGUGGACACUCGUUAGUGAGGAGGCUGUCACCAGUGGAUUAAGGGAUGGGAUUGUUUUUGUCCUCAAGUGCUUGGACUUCAGCCUUGUAGUUAAUGUGAAGAAAAUCCCCUUCAUCAAGCUCUCUGAGGAGUUCAUAGACCCUAAGUCUCACAAAUUUGUUCUUCGCUUACAGUCUGAGACUUCAGUUUAAAGGGGUUGAGUAGGGGGGAGGCGGUUUUUUUAGUUGUGCUUUUUUUGGGUUUUGUUUCCCCAACGCUGACUGAAACUGGCAGAUGAUGGACCAGUAAUAUUUGACCAUCUGCACUUUAUUUGGAAAGGGUGGGGGGAGGCUGGAAUAUCUAUCUAAAAAUAUCUUAAGAGGCGACAGGACACCGUGGCUUGGUUAGCUCGGCCUUUGGAGACAGGACGCGUUCUUUCUUGUUUUCCCCAUGUGUUUGUAGAUCUCUCUUCUUUUUUUUUUUCUCUUGCUCUCUCUCUCUCUCUCUCUCUGAACAAAUGCAGCAUCUGUAUUUUGUUUGGAAACCUGCAUUACAGUGAUUGGUGUGUGUGUGCGCAUCUGCUUCCUGCACAGGUCAGUUUCUACGGGAAUGCAUUGUCCAGCUCGUGUUUAUGGAAGCCUGUGUUAAUCUAGGAGACUUUGUAACUCGUUUUCAUUUAAGAAAGUGUGGUGCACAGGGGGAGAGGGGGUUGUUUUACAAACUAGGCACUCCUGUGACUGAAGAAUUUUCCCUUAAUCUUUUUGCUUCUCCAAUGAUGCCAGACCAGUAUGAGCCCUGGGCCAGCAGGGGUGUUUUCUUCCAUACUUUUUUUUGUCUCUGAAGUUGCUUCUAUUGUUGAUUCGUUGUAGUGACACCACUUUUUUACAGCUGUUUUGGAUUUUUACCAAUUUAUUAUUAUUAUUUUAAUGAGGCUUCAGAGAUUUUUUUUUGGCCAACAUGGUUCUCUCCCACAGCCUUUUCACCUCUGAUCCCUGUCCCACUAAUUCAACGGGCAGUCCCAUGCUACCCCUGCCUCACAGCUUUCCAAAUGCGUUUCCCUAGCAACGGUACCUCCAGGGGUCAGUUUUAUUGCCUCGUCCGCACCCAGGGUUGCUAUGUGUUUGCACAGUUCGAGUGGUUGAGCUGGAUGGUUCUUAGGGAGAGGGUGUGGAGUUUACCUAUGUCUGACAGCCCUGCUGGGCACUCCCCUUUCUCAUACAGGAAUUUUGAUGUAGCACUCCAGAAGGCUUCGAACACAUCUCUAGGAAAGAAGAAAGGGAAAUGCUUAACCCCUCUUCUCAUAGAGAAGGAAUCUGAGCAGGGCAGAACUACUAGAGUGCCAUAGUCCCUUAACACAGUAUAUUUAAAUACACUACAGUAUGUUCCCCUUCCUCCUGCUCCUCCUCCCCCACAGCUAUAGCUGAGAGACCAAACUCUACCUGAAUGCUGAAACUGCCUUUCUUUCUUGACUGUUUUCCACUGUGUUGGUGUUUGUUCUCUUUGAUCCUGGACACUGCAGUAGCCUGGCAUCUCUGCUCUUUUGUGCAAGGGGUGUUAGUUCUUAAACUUUGUUGUGUGUGUUAUUUUUUUAAAGGCUGUCUUCUCAACGUUUAAAAAAAAAAAACCGAGAGACUUAAAAUUUAAAGUUGGGCCUCAAACAGGACCCCUGUAUCUUAAGACCCUCUCAAAUUUGGAGGAGAGGAAAAAUGUUUUGGGUCCUGAUCUCUGCUCUGAAGCUAACUGCUGCUUCUUUAACAAUGAGCAAAAGCAGAACUACAGAUCCAAAUACCUUGCAAAUGCUGGGGAAAUCUGGGUCCAAAUCUGAAACGAGCUUCAUUGCUUGGGCUCCCACCUCUAAAUUUAAUUUGAGUACAUGCAACAGGGAAGUGUUGUUCACCCUGAAGCCUGGGGAGAAAAUCUUCUAUGAUACAGAGGUCAGUUUAGCAUGUGCUUGUAUCUUUAUUUCUUUGGCAGAUGGGUGUGUUGACACAUGAAGGCCCCUCUCAGCCAAGUACUGAAGCCUAACCCUAAGCCUCUGAGCAUUCACACUAAAAUCAAUUGAACUACUCACUUACUUACAAAUGUUGCCAGGCUGGGGCCUAGAACAGAAGUGGUGAGACCAUCUGCUAGUUGUGUUCUGCCAAAUCCUUCCUGUGAGAUAAAGUAUUUCUAAGGACAGACUACCUUCCUGGUACUUAUACACCAGCUAGGAUUAUGAAGUAGCCAAGUUGUCUAAGCAGUGUUGUAGACUGACAGGGAAGCAGAGGCAAAAGAAGGUGUCUUCUCAUCACAGAAUAAACGUCUAUAGCAUCCCCAAAGCACAGGGGAGUGGGUUGGUUGGUUGGUUGGUAAGGCUUCUUGGUAAUUUGCAUUUGCUUUAGUUUUUAAUGGCCAUUGCAGCAUUUUAAUUUUAAAAACAAAAUUUGGGAUUUUAUGACUUUUUAAAAGGAAACAGUUGUAUAGCAGGUCAUGUGCAUAAAAACUUUGUGUGUGUGUUUAAUGUCUUUGAAAUGCCUGUAACUGAGAGUGUGGGGGACUGGGCUCUGAGGCAGGGAGCCUGGGAAUGACUUGCUGGAGCCCCAGUCACAGCUGAAUGGGCUGUCUGCCAUCCGGGCUUUCUCUGCCAGGGGCUGUGUGAGUUCAGAGCACAUGCAGCCCCACCAGUGAAUGUCCAUUGCUUCCAGUGUCUCAGUAUGACUUUCUUCUCAUGGUCCCAGCCCCUUUUGCCCCCCUCCCCAGAGCUGCGAGUUAUUUCGUGGUCACUUUGCUCAGGAAACAUGUCUCUUUUUAGUUUUUAUGCAUGUGUUUGUGUAGGUGUGUGUGGAUUUAGCACAGAACCAAAUAAAAGCAGUGUGUAUUGGAUAAGCAGCAGUAAACAGCAGGCUCCAAGUGCCACUGCUUCUGUUAGUCCAUGGAAGGGACACUGUCUGUGUCUUGUUGCUUUAAACUAAAUGCUCCUAACCUGUUCUUCUGCAAACACCUUAGCUGACUCAGCUUAACAGAGAGACACGCAUUGCUGGCUCUUCAACACUAACCCAGUUACUUAACUUUUUUUGUACUUCACUAAGAUUAGGAGGCUGGAGACAGGCUUAGUGCUAAGAGUAGAGGAACUGGUGACCCAGACUCUUGGAUCUUGUUCCCUGCUCUUCCAUGGACUUGUCACUCCACUUCUGGGCCCCCAUUCCUUUCUCUUCCCCCAACCCCCCCCCCCCCCCCAAAAAAAAAAAAACAAAAAGAAAAGAAAAGAAAAAUGAGGGACUGUGACAAUACCUACCUCACAGGGAUGUUGUGAGGCUAAAUUUUAACCUUAUUGUAAAGUGCUUUUGAGAUUCUCAGCUGGAAGGUGUGAUCUCUCUCCUAAUAAAGUACUAAGCGGUGAAACUAGACCAAGCUGUUUCACUUUGUUUCUAGGCAGUUAACAGAGGAGGGUCAAGUGGUGGGACCCUGUGCUGCAGGGCUUGGCCUGCUUGUGUAAAACUUUCAGGGAAGGCCACGGGGAGCACAGCAUGGCUGAGGCAUGCAGGGUUUGUCUUGCAGGAAAAUCAUUCAUGAAGCUGCCAAAGUGCAGGAGGCACCUACUUAAAGUAGAAGAGUUCUCAAGGUUCCCAAGUCUUGGUCCUCAGCCCCAACAGUGUCCUUCUCAGAGGAGGCUAUCACAGACUUUUUCUGAUGUUACUGACUAGAAGGCUGAGCCUUUCCUUCCAGUCAGGACUCCUCCUCCUUCCCCAAGGGUAAGCCAUCCUACUUUGCAUGCUGCUGUAUCCCUUGCUUUCUUCCCCUGUGUAGCCACAGACCAUCUAAAGGCUUGGGCUGGGGACAGAAGUUGCACAUAAACUGGUAUAAGUGAUUGGAAAAUGGUUCAAAUUUGUAACCCAACAAGUUCAGUGCACAUAAACCACUUUCAAAAUGGCUGAAACUGGUUUAAGAUAAACCUGGAUGGAUGUAAUAUCAGACUUAACUGAUUUAGGUUAAAUCAGUUUAUUGAACUUCUGUUCCAGAUCCCCUGCAGAUUCAUGGAGUCUGCUCCAGCAGGGCAGGGAGACGUGCUCUAGCAUCCCCUGACUUCUGGCCUGGGCUGCUUCAGGCAUGUGGCUGCAUUUCUGGAAUCAAAAGUGAAUGUCUGUUCACUUGACUAUCAGUUCAUUCUACGCAGUUUAAACUAACCUGCAAAGACUGAAUCGAUUCAGCCUCAGGCUUUUGGACUGUCUGUACUUAGUUAGCUCUGGUGUGUUGAUUGCUAUUGGGUCACCACCUUGAGGAUGUAGCAGGGCACCUCCCAAGUAAGGAAAGCAAGGAUCUCUUUAAUUGGUUUAAGCAUUGUCAAAAUGGUGGUUUCCACACAGUAUUAAACUUUGUUAUAGCAAUGGAGUGUGUGUGGGUGUGUGUGUGUUGUAGCUUGAACUGGGUAAACGUUAGGAGUCAGGCUGGGAGAAAGGGACUGGGAUAUUAAUAUGUCUGAACAGCUCUCCAGAAACAGGGCUCUGUCUCAUUCCCCACUACAUGCAGACCCCUCAAGCUGCCCCCUCUGCCAGUCUCAUGAGCUGGGACAGAUUGGAAGUGAGGGCCAACCUUUUUGGCAGGUGUGCCUCAAGGUAAGCCCCGCACCCUCCCUGAACACCACUCAGAUUCCCUUCCCUUGCCCCAUCUGUCGCUCUGCUUUCUGCUCCCUGUCCUGUUGCUCUACUUUCUGAUUUUUGCCUUAAUCUGCCUCUGUGUUUCUUGCUCCUUCCCAGAUUUGCCAUGUGCUGCACAGGCUGCCAGUGCCACUUGUGGCAUUUAUGCCACAGCUGGCCACUUCUGGAAUAUUCAGUGAGCAAGUUGCUUGGUGGUAGCUGUCCCUCCACACAGAGGACCAGGGAGCAAAGCAGAGAUAACCCCCACCCAGUUAUUGUUGCCACUGGCGUGGCUGGUUACAGGCAUGUAUUAGUUCCCCCACUACUUCUUCCACUGCUGGCUUGGAGUGAUUGGUAGUAGCCAUCUUGCACGCUCCACUUGGUGCAGUAGGCAUGGAGACCAGAGGCAGCACACUUCCCCGUCACUGGCUCUCAGGAGAAGGGUCCUCUGAGGAGCAAGUCGUAGGUGAGAUGGGCUUUAUCGGGAGCUCAAGAAGAGCCUAUGUUGAUGGCAGGGCUUUUGUGCAGCUCUUGACUAAAUUCUAAUCUUGCCUCUCACUUGCUGUGGAAGAGUUUCUGCUUUUCCUCUCUGGGGUUGGCUGCUUCCCAGGUAUCUGGAAAAGUAAUACUUUCUUAAAAGCAAAUGAUUUGUGACCUGUUUUAAAGUCACCUUGACAUAGAGGGCAAACCUCCAUUAUAACAAGCCUCCUGCUUUUAACAAUGCCAACAGUGGGAACCAUUUUUUCUCAUUAUUCUGAUACAGCAAAUUGACUAACCUUAUUGUAGCAAACACCCUUUUUUAAUGGACUUUUUUCUCCAAGUUCCAUGGGUUAAUUAUAAUGAGGUUAUACAAUGUACUUAUUUAAAUGGCAACCGCAAUUUGAAGAAGCUUGAAUGUUCAGUAACUUGUUUACCUUCGAACACUGAAGCCUACUCAAGUCAGUGUGGCUCUCCAGAUCCGCAGGCAUUUGAAAAAGCCUGUACAUUGGUCCUGUCCCUUUAGAUACCAACUUUUUGUUUUUUGGGGGAGAUCUAUUGUCUGGCACCAGGCUGCCUUCUUCAGAUUGUCUUUAGCAGUUCUGAUUCACAUGAGUUUAGUUGAACGUAUGGAUAUAAUCUAAUGGUUUCUUUUUAUAGUUUGCUCGUAUUUGUACUUCCCCUUUGUGGAUGUGAAUGUUACACUUGUCUAAUGCCUGAAGUCAGGACUGGUUAUUUACUAAUGCCUGUUAAGACUGUGUUGAGAAAGAAAAGCCACCUUGGCAUUUAGUCCAACAAUGGUUUUGUUAGGGGACUGUGUGGCUGGGGAGGUUGGUGAUGGUUCAGAGGUCCUUUUGCAUCCAGGUGACUGGGUUGGGAUUCAUUCAAGGCGAUGGCAAUCGCCGCCAAUGUAUGGCCGUCUGACAGCUGUUCAGUUAUCAGUGUGACUUGUGUUGAUCUGUUUGGUUACUCUUAAGCCUGGUCUCAACUGCACCAUGACAACAGCUGAGCUGGCAUGUAAUAAUUGGCCCCUCUUCUCUCUAGGAGGCCACCAGGGCUGAAUUUUCACCUAUGUGUAUAGCAAAGCACAUUGGCAGGCUAAAAGUUGUAAGCUGCUGCUACCCGUCCUAUGCCUGUUCUGUGGGUGGAGGACUUCAUUUUCUAGGGCUGCUGAUCUGGCACUUUUUCACCAGCACUAAAUAGUUCACUUGGAAGCACCCCCCUACACACAGAUGUAUUCACUUGGCUGCUGCAGUUCAUUACCUGCACAGAGGCCUAGCUGUGAAGGAGUCUUACACUCUCUUCUGUGCCUGUAUCUUGUACUUGAUAUCAGCAUUAUUAUGUAUCGGGGUGGGAGUUCCCUGCCAACACCUCUUUUGAUCACUGUGUAAUACUUUUUUCUACACAAAUUGCAUAUAGUCAGGUGGGUUUUGUCAAGGAUUUUUCUAAUGAAUAGACACUAACCAGCAUCACACUCUCUGCACACAUGACUUUAACUGCAAUGGUACAUGGUCUUUCUGUUUUUUCUGAUUGUGAACUUAAGUAGCAGAUUCCUGGUGUCUGUGAUUUUAAUGCACUGUGUGUCUAGCAUAGUAAAUUGUUCUGUUCCAAGCUGGAUUCUCUUAAGUUAUAGCUGGAUUUUUGUUUUUUAAACUGAAACGUAAACCAUUUUACACUUUGCAUAUUUUGUACAGUAAAAUUCUGGAAAUAAACUGAAACCAGAAAUUCCA